AUGGGCGGGCGGCAGGAAGCGAGCACCGGCGCCGACGCUCGAGCCGGCAUGGGAACGGUUCGGAGUGUGCUCGAGCAGCUGGGCAACUACAUCGGCGGGUUCCCCCAGGCGGCGAUGGACCCUCUGCUGGACCUCAUGUUCCUCCCCUCGGGGCUCAACCUCAAUAUAGUGCGAUUCAAUAUAGGCGGCGGCUCGCUCCCGCAGUACAGUCCGCAGCUUCACUCGGACGCGCUGCUGCGCUGGCGGGCCAUGCCGGGGUACUGGCCGGCGCAGGCAGCGGGGUUCAACUGGACGGCGGAUUCGAGGCAGCAGGCGGUGCUGCUGGGAGCCAAGGCCCGCGGGGUGAACGUGUUCGAGGCGUUUUCCAACAGCCCGCCCUGGUGGAUGACCGCGAGUAAAGACGUUGCGGGUGGGAAGAAGGCGUUUCAGACGAACCUGCUGCGAAAGCAUGAGGGGCGGUUUGCGAGUGCUUUCCAUACUUUCCCCUUCUGCUCCGCAUCAGUUCCCCCUCUCCUUCCCCUCUCCUCGCUGCUCCGUUCCUCUCCUCGCUGCUCCGUUCCUCUCCUCGCUGCUCCGUUCCUCUCCUCGCUGCUCCGUUCCUCUCCUCGCUGCUCCGUUCCUCUCCUCGCUGCUCCGUUCCUCUCCUCGCUGCUCCGUUCCUCUCCUCGCUGCUCCGUUCCUUUCCUCGCUGCUCCGUUCCUUUCCUCGCUGCUCCGUUCCUUUCCUCGCUGCCCCGUUCCUCUCCUCGCUGCUCCGUUCCUUUCCUCGCUGCUCCGUUCCUCUCCUCGCUGCUCCGUUCCUUUCCUCGCUGCUCCGUUCCUCUCCUCGCUGCUCCGUUCCUCUCCUCGCUGCUCCGUUCCUUUCCUCGCUGCUCCGUUCCUCUCCUCGCUGCUCCGUUCCUCUCCUCGCUGCUCCGUUCCUCUCCUCGCUGCUCCGUUCCUUUCCUCGCUGCUCCGUUCCUCUCCUCGCUGCUCCGUUCCUCUCCUCGCUGCUCCGUUCCUCUCCUCGCUGCUCCAACGAUGCCACCGCGCUUUCUCGCUCCCUCAAUCAAUCCCGUCCCUCUCUCACUUCCGUCCUUCUCUCACACCCGUCCCUCUCUCACACCCGUCCCUCUCUCACACCCAUCCCUCUCUCACACCCGUCCCUCUCUCACACCCUUCUCCCUCCCUCCCUUUCCCCUUCUCCUUCCCUCCGUUUUCCCCCUUGUUCUGGCCCUCUGUGGGCGGCAGCAGCAGCCUUCAAGGAAGUGGUGGCAUACCACACACCUCCGACACAGAAGCAGCAGUGGGCGCCAACAGGGGGGAUUGCCAUAGUCAAUGCUGUAGUUGUCACCCUUCUCACUCACACACCCUGCUCACUCACACUCCCUGCUCACUCACCCACCCUGCAGUGCUGGUGAGUGCAGUGCUGGUGAGUGCUGUGCUGGUGAGUGCAGUGCUGGUGAGUGCAGUGCUGGUGAGUGCUGUGCUGGUGAGUGCAGUGCUGGUGAGUGCAGUGCUGGUGAGUGCAGUGCUGGUGAGUGCUGUGCUGGUGAGUGCUGUGCUGGUGAGUGCAGUGCUGGUGAGUGCAGUGCUGGUGAGUGCAGUGCUGGUGAGUGCAGUGCUGGUGAGUGCUGUGCUGGUGAGUGCAGUGCUGGUGAGUGCAGUGCUGGUGAGUGCUGUGCUGGUGAGUGCAGUGCUGGUGAGUGCUGUGCUGGUGAGUGCUGUGCUGGUGAGUGCAGUGCUGGUGAGUGCAGUGCUGGUGAGUGCAGUGCUGGUGAGUGCAGUGCUGGUGAGUGCAGUGCUGGUGAGUGCUGUGCUGGUGAGUGCAGUGCUGGUGAGUGCAGUGCUGGUGAGUGCUGUGCUGGUGGUGCUGGUGAGUGCUGUGCUGGUGAGUGCAGUGCUGGUGAGUGCUGUGCUGGUGAGUGCUGUGCUGGUGAGUGCAGUGCUGGUGAGUGCAGUGCUGGUGAGUACUGUGCUGGUGAGUGCUGUGCUGGUGAGUGCAGUGCUGGUGAGUGCAGUGCUGGUGAGUGCAGUGCUGGUGAGUGCUGUGCUGGUGAGUGCUGUGCUGGUGAGUGCUGUGCUGGUGAGUGCAGUGCUGGUGAGUGCAGUGCUGGUGAGUGCAGUGCUGGUGAGUGCAGUGCUGGUGAGUGCUGUGCUGGUGAGUGCAGUGCUGGUGAGUGCAGUGCUGGUGAGUGCUGUGCUGGUGAGUGCAGUGCUGGUGAGUGCAGUGCUGGUGAGUGCUGUGCUGGUGAGUGCAGUGCUGGUGAGUGCAGUGCUGGUGAGUGCAGUGCUGGUGAGUGCUGUGCUGGUGAGUGCUGUGCUGGUGAGUGCAGUGCUGGUGAGUGCAGUGCUGGUGAGUGCAGUGCUGGUGAGUGCUGUGCUGGUGAGUGCAGUGCUGGUGAGUGCUGUGCUGGUGAGUGCAAUGCUGGUGAGUGCUGUGCUGGUGAGUGCUGUGCUGGUGAGUGCAGUGCUGGUGAGUGCAGCGCUGGUGAGUGCAGUGCUGGUGAGUGCUGUGCUGUGGAGUGCUGUGCUGGUGAGUGCAGUGCUGGUGAGUGCAGUGCUGGUGAGUGCAGUGCUGGUGAGUGCAGUGCUGGUGAGUGCAGUGCUGGUGAGUGCAGUGCUGGUGAGUGCAGUGCUGGUGAGUGCAGUGCUGGUGAGUGCUGUGCUGGUGAGUGCAGUGCUGGUGAGUGCAGUGCUGGUGAGUGCAGUGCUGGUGAGUGCAGUGCUGGUGAGUGCAGUGCUGGUGAGUGCAGUGCUGGUGAGUGCUGUGCUGGUGAGUGCUGUGCUGGUGAGUGCAGUGCUGGUGAGUGCAGUGCUGGUGAGUGCAGUGCUGGUGAGUGCUGUGCUGGUGAGUGCAGUGCUGGUGAGUGCAGUGCUGGUGAGUGCAGUGCUGGUGAGUGCUGUGCUGGUGAGUGCUGUGCUGGUGAGUGCAGUGCUGGUGAGUGCUGUGCUGGUGAGUGCAGUGCUGGUGAGUGCUGUGCUGGUGAGUGCUGUCGUGUUCUUCUCCCCCGCCGUUCCUCCCUUCAUCAGUUCCUCCCUCUUUUCCACCCUUCCUCUUUUCAUCCCUUCUUCUGUUCCUCUUCAACUGUAUGCAUAA